AUGCGUGACAAGCUCCCUCGACCACCGCAGGAGUUCUACGAGCCAAAUGAAUUGCCGGAGAUUCCACAACAUCUGCAGCCAGAGCUCUUUUACAUUCUUCAUAACUUGAAAAUGUUGGAGCUGCCAGCUGAGUGGAAGUUGGAUCCACGCGAUAUCGAUGUCAGAACUUUCGAUCGAGGCGACGUCAUUGUACGACCUGGAGAACCUGACGACAGCAUUUAUGUGGCGAUCGAAGGAACGUUGGCUGUUUAUAUAGCGCAUAAGGAAGGCAAAGAUUACUUAGUAAAGAAGAUUCCACCAGGGAACAGCUUCUUUUCGCUGCUCUCGAUGCUUGAUGUAUUAAUGAAUGCUCCAUCAUUUUUCAAGACCGUUUCUCUCAAAGCUGCUGAUCCUUGUACUGUUGCGAAGUUUCCAAUAAGAAGCUUCCGCGAUUCGUACAACAAAUAUCCGGAAGCAUGGAUGAGACCGAUUCAGAUUGUUCUCACACGAUUACUUCACGUAACAAUGACUACAUUACAUCAGUAUAUGGGUCUAAGCCAAGAGUUGAUGAAAAGACGACGUGACACAGCAGGACCAGAAGAUCGUGCACGUCAUCCUAGUGGUCCUGUACGAUCAACCCAGACGGCAAUAACGUCCUCACAUACUGGGCAUAAGAAAAUCAAGGAACCGCGUUUGAGUAGUUCGGAUGAAAUAAGUGAACAGCUCAUUGUUGCUCGACGAUGGUUCGCUGACGCGUUAGGGUUGGUGGGACCUGACGGACCAUCACUGAUAGAGCAAAAGGGUGACAUAAUCAUUCGUACUUUCGAAGAAGGUGAUGUACUGGUUGAACAAGGUGCGGAAGAGGAACGGCUUAUUCUGGUGUUGUCCGGGUCGCUGAAGCUUCUUCAGGAACCUGUCUUUGAUGAGGAGCCACAAGAAGAAGGUGAUAAUACAAUAUCUAAGUUGCUGCCCCGAGACUUGGUCGGAGGUCUUCACAUCCUCACUUGUGAACCUUCGUUCUAUACCGUGACCGCUAAUAGCAGAGCUACUGUGGCGAUUCUUGGCAAGGCAGAGUUUCAGCGCCUCUUGGAAGCGCGUCCGCAUAUCUACCUGCCAGUUGCGCAUUCGGUGUUACGCCGGCUGUCACCUUUCCUUCGUUGUGUCGACUUUGCAUUAGAUUGGGUGCUCGUGGAUUCCGGAUUGACUGUCUAC